AGGAAAUUUUGCUGGAGAAAGGAAAAGAAAUAUACGAGAACUGGAAGUCGCCCCCCGUCCCGAUCUAUUCGCAGUUUUACGUGUACAACAUCACCAAUCCAGACGAGUUUCUCUCAGGGGAACAAGUACCGAAACUGAAGCAACUUGGACCGUACACCUACAGGGAAAUACUGAAGAAGGAAGUGUUGAAUGACUACGACAACGGCACCGUGGAGUACUACCAAAACAAGACGUUCUUCUUCGAAGCGGACAUGUCGACGGGACAAGAAUCGGACUUCAUCUUCACUUUGAAUACGCCCGUUCUGUCUAUGGUGAGGCUAUUAGAAGAAUUGAACCACCCCCUCAUCAGCUUCGCCAUCGGACUCAUCAUCGAAGUAGUGGAGACGACGGACGAUGGCAAACCGCUUUUGAGAAAAUCAGUCGGAGAGCUCCUCAUCAAAGGAUACGAGAUGACUUUCAUUGAUAAAAUAUGGAGCUUUUUGGUGAAUAACUUGACGAUGAACGAAGAAUUCGUCAACGAAACUAUUUCUGACCUGCUGCCACCUGAAAUGGCGAACGGGAUUUUCGGUUACUACCCUUUCAACAAUACCAACGACGGCAUUUACUUAGUCGGGACCGGCAGAAACGGGCCAGAAGACUUCGGUGACAUCAAGCUCUGGCGAGGGCUUCCAUAUCACGAGAAGCAACCGUGGGGGUCAGACGAGUGCAACAUGAUCAAUGGCACCGACGGCAUGAUCUAUCGUCCGUUCGUCGACGAGAAUUCCGUUCUGUAUGCCUUCAUCUGGGAAAUGUGCAGGUCGGCGCACUUAACUUACGAGAAGAAGGUGGAAUUUCGAGGGAUACCGGGGCUUCGAUUCGUUGUCGGUCCUGAUAUUCUCGGAGACCCGGAUGUUUAUCCGGAAAAUCAGUGCUUUUGUGUAAAUGGUGAAUGCCUGAAAGCAGGGGUAUUGGACCUCACCUCAUGUACCGGUGUCUCCCUGGUGGCAUCCCUGCCGCACUUCUACUUAGGAGCAGAGGAAUAUUACAAUAAAUCCGUCUUGGAAGGAUUGGAGCCGAUGGAAGAGUGGCACCAGUGCUUCAUCGACAUCGAGCCGAGUGCAGCCCUGACCAAGGAGCUGGCCGACGAAUUCCACAAUCGAAUCAUUCUGCCUCAAGAAGUGCUGGCGAUCGGGUCGUGGACGGCCGUCGGCGUCGGACUCCUCACCGUCGUAGUAGUGGGAGCCAUCACCGUUCGAGAAUAUCGAAGGAGAGGAUUUCGUCCCUACUAAGCCCUCCGAGACCGGUCGAUCUGCGGGGUUACCCAUUGCGGCUACACAAAGUCACCAUGUGAUACUAUUAUUUAAAAAAAUGGGAGAACUCGACAUGGAAUCGAUCAUACCGUAUCCAUACGGCAUCCAUACCGCAAUUUAAACAGAAAUAAGAUAUUCGGAUGAAGAUGCUUUGGCAAUCUGUUGAUACUUCCUACCUCGACGGGCAUAAUAAAUAUUUUUCACAUAUCUUCUGAAUCGGUUGCUGAAACUCGAUAGGCAGGACAAAUGAAUACCAGAGGGGCGAAUUUCAUUGAACCAAUGAAGUUAUGGCUGUUGCCAUGAUGUUAGCAUACGUAUUGUACGCUUCCAUUGCUGUGAUCAUAUCUCUAUCUAUGUUCAUUGACGUAUGCGGUCUGAGCUGUAUAAAG